GUAGGUUGUGUGCUCAUCCGUCGUUCCUGUCCCACCCUCGCGGCCGUCGUACAGGACGGCCCUUCUUUUCCCCGUCUUUCCCGGUGAGACAGUAUAUAAAGUCAGUUGGACUUCUUGUCGGGCCCGAAUCUAUUCACAAUUUCAGUAUAAUACAUCAUCAAUUAUAAUAACAAUGACCAUGAAGUCGCGGCGUGGUAAGCGGUUUAUCCGACCUGGCUGCUGUAACCCUUACGCGUGGAGGCCAGUUGGACCGGGAGGGAAGAGAGCGUUGUUCUGUGCUCUUGGGGUCUUUGUUAUACUCGUAUUCUGUUCGACUCCGUUUUAUUCGACUCCAUUUGAAUGGUGUUGCAAAGAUCGGGAUCGCAAUCGGCCUGGCGUGACCGGGAUCAUGAGGGAAAGCCCGCCGAGCAGGCGCGAAGAUGUAUUAGCAUGGGUGGGGGGGUUGAUGGGAAGAUGUUUUACAAAUAAUGGGACAUCUCGAUGCCAGGGCAGUCAGAAGGGAUGUUCUGGUGACGGAAUAGCGUCAGCAGCAGCAGGAGGAGGAGGGGGAGGGGGAGGGGGCGGGAGUACGAGGUAUCAUCAGCAUGUGUCGGACGAGAAGAUGGAAGAGGCUGUGAAUGCGUUAAAGCAGGGUUGGGAAACGACAGUGCUUCGACCUGUCGAGACUGGUGGCCUGAUGAGCGGGGAUCCGUAUCGUAUGAGGCCGCCCAACGGAGUCGUACCACCAGCUGCGGUCCAGGCGGAGGGAAAUUCCACACCAGACCCUCUUUCAUUGUCUUCCCGCCCAUCUCCAGAUACCAACUCGUCGAUGCUUGAUAGGCUGCUGGCCUUCGGUGUCCCGCAUGGUCCGCACAUUGAGGAUUGCGGCAGGUUGGCGCGAAUCAGGAGGGAAUUAGACUCUAGGAGGGCGGAUGGCUCUCUUCCCAUUUGGGCGGAAGGAGCGGGCUUGGGUUCCGUGGAACAAGACCAGGCGCUGGAAACCGGAUGGAUCGACAGAGAGGAGGAAGCGUUCUACAUCAACAGGACGGCGAUGGCGGGACCAUAUCCACCUUGGGUUGUUGGAUCGGAUGAGGAGAAUCUCAUUCUGACUCGGCGAGUUCAGCACGAUCUCUGGAUGCAUCAGCACCCAAGGAAUUGCAGUGACCCCUCCGUGAAGUUCUUGAUCAUGGAUUUUGGGCCUAUUCAGUACUUUGGGACCGGUGCACAGCUCAACCGAAUGAUGGGUGCACUGGCAGUAGCAGUAAGCACAGGAAGAGUUCUAGUGACAGUCGGCUUCGACCGGGCUAACCACGAUGGAUGCAAAGGGCGACACCGGAGCAACUGGUCCUGUUAUUUUGCUCCUGAGACUUCAUUGCUGUGCAGAAUGAGGGCGUUGUUUUUGUGGAGGCGGUCUCGUAGAGGACACGAGGAUGCUGUUAUGACCAUGUCAUUUGAAGAGAAGACGGGACUGUUCUUUCCAAAUCUUCCAAGGAAUUGGGGUGAGCCAUGGUUUUAUAUGGAGAAGACGGAUCAGAUUGAGGGAAAGGUCAUCGCGCAAACGAAGGUUGAUCCGACGUUCUGGUGGCGAUCGCAGGCACUGCGGUACAUGAUGAGGUACCAGAGUGAGUACUUAUGUAGGUUGUUGAAUGAUGUUAGACAUGAGAUGUUCGGCGAUAUGGUGGCACGAGAAGUAAUUGAGACAGGUUUGUAUGACGAGAUCUUCUUCCCCGGUACGGGGAGAAAUAUGCAAUCAGUGAGAGAAGGAGCUGGCUCGCCAGCUGCGCCAUCUCAGAGUGACCUGGUAAGAAGAAGGACAAACCAGCCAAAUCCGUCGCCGGCUGCCGCCGGUCCCCACCAUUUUGCAGGUACACUGGCACAAAGAAGGUGGAAUCUUGCAGUGUCGAGGAAGUUGUUGCAACGGCAUAUCCGCAAAAAAAGACCAUAUGUAAAUGAAGCGCAGAGGAAAGGUCGGAUCCUACUCAUGGAGCUCGGUGAUGACGACGAUCUGACAUUUGACAAGAUUUUAGAUUUCAAGGACGUGGAGAGAGGACUGUCCCCAGUGGAUCAUGCGCAAGAUAAGACUCUCAAGUCGUCUGCAAAUGAGCCCAUGCCGGAGUCUUCCGAAUGGAGCAAAGAUAUGUCUCAGUUUGCGCAAAGCCUUUAUCACAAGCAGGAUCCGUACAGGGAACUUCUUCGAAAUGAUUCGUUGCAAAGCACCUUGUGGUUCCAAUCAAAGCCCUACGUACCUCGACCUCUCGUCAGCGUGCAUGUUCGCAUGGGGGAUAAGGCGUCGGAGAUGCGAAUCGCCACCUUUGAAGAGUACAUGAAACUGGCAGAAGAUGUUCGGAGAGAGUUCCCUCAGACCAAGUAUAUCUGGUUGAGCUCGGAAAUGCAGGAGGUGAUUGACAACUCGAAGAACUACACGACAUGGACGUUCUUUUACACGAGGGUGAAGAGACAAACCGGAACGGAGGCAAUGUACAAUUAUGAGGCGGAGGUUGGUUGGGAGACUAGCACCAAAAACGCGUUUGUGAAUCUCAUAAUUGCGUCUGAGGCUGAUUUCUUCGUCGGAGCCUUGGGAUCAACUUGGUGUUUGAUCCUUGACGAGCUUCGCAGCACAAAUGGCCGAAUAUCCGCAGGUUAUCUGACUGUAAACCGUGAUCGGUACUGGUAGUUGCUGCCGCCAUCAACGACGAAUAAAAGCAAACAAGCAGCUUUUCCGCUGAAUGUGAGCCCUCUGAUCCGAAAGCUUUCGUAUGCCUUUCUCUGCUUGGCGAAUGUCUCCUCCGUGAGACUGUUUGAGUCUGCUAUUAACGUUUUGUGCGGCUGGGCUUUGGAAUGCUCCGUGGCGCAAUUGGAUGAUGGUUUCGUCCAUUCUGAGCCCCCCGGAUAUGAAAGCAGUUUAAAUUUGUAUUAUUAUGUUAGUCGUAGAGCACAGGGGUCGCACAUCAGCAGUGGGCAUUCUCUUUGCCGCCUUGCAGAGACAAUGUAGCCGCUGCAGCUCACGUUUCUUCUUCUUGUCGAAUGCAGGUUAUGAAACUGUUGGUGUCCGUCCCACCGUCUGUGCGAUUCAGUCCAUCGGACCCCAUCCACCAUUGUCAAAGAUAGGACAAACUCUCUCUUCUCCUAACAAAUUGCUCUUUCAUCCUGCCAUCGCGCACGCCUUUUUCCGGGCAGCAGUGCAGUCAGUAGUCACGAACGCUGCUCGCUUGCCCCAGAGAGGCUUGUUGAGUAAGUGGAAGGUACCUCCAGCCGAGUCCUGAACAGUCACAUUAUUGAUUGCUUUGUCGAGGUUUGCAUCCGCCAUUGCCCUCGUCUCGCCAAGCAACCUCUAUUGGUCCGGGCCCUUGCUGUUCGUUGCGCAUUGUUGUUUCCUUGGAUCCUUACAGAGUUGAUGAUCACAAAACCCUUUUUUUGCGAGUUCACAGCACAGGAUACCGUGGUGGAGUGCAGGACUGCAGGGAAGUUUGUGGCUGGAUAUGGCUGCAUGGCUGCACUGCGAGAUCAGGUGAGAUGAAGGGGAGUGGUUUGGGGGUCUUUCCCGAAAGGGUAAUUUUUUUUUGCAAGGGGGUAUAUUGUGUGGUUCUGGGUAAUCAGGCUGGAUGUACGGACUAGAUAACGUUCUUUGUGUUCUUUGCGUUCAGCUUGUAAUGGUCAUGGAGGGCCGUCCUGCAGCAUCUGUGUCUAAUGCUUCGCACGUUGGACUCAUUCUUCGCGUUUCGGUUAAUGGUCAUGGGAGGGCCCUCCUGCUGCAGCAUCUCUCUCUAUCAUUUCGCACGUUAGACUUGUGUCUUUUUGCGGACAUCACAUUGCUCACGUAGCUCCGAGUUGCGAAACGUUCCCUACAGGUUUUCCCUGGAGAAGGAGGGGGAGGGUGGAUUGGUUAGCUCGACAGCGUUCAAGGUGGUUAUGGCUAUGUCGAUUUCGAAAACCUAAGUGGAGGGGAAGGAACCGCGGACAUGCAAACAAUCUCUGGAGGACUUUUUUACGACGCGCUUGGCCUGCUGCGUAGUAGGCUCGAAAGCCAGGCUGGGCUGCAGAUGGAGGGAGUUGUGGACACUGGUCUCGGUGUGCAGGGGGGUUCACUUGUACGCUUGGCCUGCGUAGAAGAUGCUUCUCAGCGGGUCAUGUUGGCCUGCACCCACAAUAAAGUGUCUGCUUAGGAUAUUCUGUCGUUGUGUUCGCUGCUUGGACAGUUGCACCGCGUGAAUGCCUCCAAAGCAGGCCAUGCCUUUCUCAGGAUGUGCUCUCAUGUCACAGUCUCCUUUUCUUUUUUGAACUCCAGAAAUGCAUGCAGUUGAUGGUGUGUGGAGAAAUGUCCAGAAUGUUACACCCUGUCGGUGGGGGUCUGCUGAGUGAUACUGCACUUCUAGCACAGCUUUUCCGUGCCUGUGGUGUUUUCCAAUCGCCAAUCUUCAGAGCAUUGCUCUUUUUCCUGUUCAAUUUUUCUUUCCUUUUUGUCUGUACCUGUGCGGGUGUGCAUGUGCGUGUCCGUGCAUGUGUUUGCAUUUGUGCGUUGGAGUGCUUAAGUGUGUGUGUGUGUGUGUGGAGAGAGAGAGAGAGAGAGAGAGAGAGAGAGAGAGAGAGAGAGAGAGAGAGAGAGGGCUUGGGGGGGGCAAGAGGGAGGGUAAAUCUGGAGGGGGUUACUGCGAUAGCACUGUUGUCGCAGUCUUUGACGGUGUAUCGUCAUGAGCAUGCGGUGCUCAUGUCAUGCCUACGUUUUCGUUUUUGAUCUUCUGCUACGGCGACGGGUGCAGAUUUGGUCGACCACAUCGGCUUGGGAAGGACAUCUACUCCCGAGUUAGUCGUGGUGCGGGGAGGUAAUUUCAUCUCCCUUGGCGAAGUUUGUUAGGCGGGCUUUUCACGGGCAUGCUUACCGUAGGUUUUCACAUUGGAAUGUGAUGGCUGCAAUGGCAGUCAAAAAUUCCAUCCUUUUCAAGUCGUAGUUGGGUACACCUUCUGUCGUAACCUCUCUCUCUUCUGCUAAGGAUAAGCUCAACGAUUGGUUGAUAUUGGCACUCCACGGCAGGAGGAAGGAAGGAAGGAUGUCUGAAGGAAGGAAGGCCGUCUGAAGGAAGGAAGGCCGUCUGGUGGAGUACCAAUCAUGGAUGGUGUGGCAACAUAUAUUUCUCUUUUUUUCUGCAAUAAUUCUUUGCAUACGCUAGGGAGAUCCGAGGGAUGUUUGAUGUCCACUUAUUAUUCAUUUAACCUCAAGCUGAGGUCUCUUAACUAACGUUUUAUCCUCCUCCUUUUUCUUGGAACGUCAACAUUUUCUUUAGUAAGAUAAGAAUCAUUUCAGCCCCUAACUGAAUUGACAGCUUAGAUAAUGAGGCUGAGUUUUUUUUGAGUUCGCCCAUCUUUGAAGUUCUGCUCUUGGCGUUUAGUGCUUAAGAAUUCUACAAGGACAGCGGAGGUGUGAGAGGGAAGCGAAGGAGCACGUGAGGGAUGCAAGCUAUGAGAAGUUGGUGGUAAGUGACUUAUGAUUAUUUGUGGUCAUUGCGAAUAAACGUUUUCAUAUUUA